UCUGGCAGCAUGGCCUUCACCGGCAAUUAUGAGAUCGAGAGUGAGAACAACUAUGACGAGUUCACGAAGCGCCUGGGGCUCCCCAGCGACAGGAUUGAAAAGGGUCGCAACCUCAAGAUCACCUCAGAGGUGCAGCAGGACGGGCAGAACUUCACCUGGUCCCAGAACUACCCCGGGGGCCCCUCCAUUACCAACAAUUUCACCAUCGGCAAAGAGUGCGACAUGGAGAUGGGCAAGAAGUUCAAGGCCACUGUGCAGAUGGAGGGUGGGAAGGUGGUGGUGAACUUCCCCCACUACAACUACACUGCAGAGAUCAUGGAUGGCAAGCUGGUGGAGAUCUCCACCGUUGAAGGUGUGUCCUACGAGCGCGUGAGCAAGAGGCUGGCCUCAGCUAGCAGGCAGGGCUCUGCGGGGGCCGCAAAGCCACCAAUAAAGCUGAUGUAA